GGUGUGUUGUUUGAACCCCGGGGACUUCACUGGCAGGAAUGUGCGGUAGGCAGUUGUCAUAACUAAAAGAAGAAUCAAUAAUAGCGCACACAGCAGCGUUACACGGUUUAUGAUUCAAUGUGUGAUAUGAGUAUAUGGCCUGAGGGCUCAGAGACGGAAGCGAUCGUGUUAGCGGAUCAGUCGUCGAUCGAUCGGUAUUAAGGAGCGCGCGAGCUCUGCGCACGGUGAAACAUGGGGGCGAAAUCGAGCCGUUUACACGAGGAGGCUGUUCCCACAUCCUUCGAUAAAGAUGGCAUCAAGCGGGAGUCCUGUCGCAGCAUCCGAAGCGCCAGGCCCACCAGCCUCAUGGUGGAGUUUUCCGGUAGUUUCGAUCAUGAUUCGGAGGCGAAUCGCAGCCGGUCGGAGGAGGGCAGCGACUCGGACACCGGGCAGCAGGCGAGCGGUGACGGCAGUCCCGCCGACCGCACUGCGUCCCCGUCGCCGAGCAGUCAGGCCUCGCCGACGGACGACAACGGAUCCGAUGAGAAACGCGAGGAUGACGCCGGUCCCACGGUCCCCGCGAACGGGGAGGAAAUAGGCCGUGCACCGCAGCGCACUUUCUCGGAGCGUUUGCCCGGUGCUCGACAUUCUUCCGGGAGCGGCGUCACGGCGAGAUCCGCCCGGGUGAGAGGGAGCCACGCGCGGCCGGUGUCUGAGGCGUGGAUCGGCCUCUACAGAGUCAACAACCGUCACGGUGCUAUUCGUUGCCCUUUCUGCACCAAACCGUUCCCUGGAGGGAGGAUCGAGGACCACCUCUUAAGUUGUCUGACCUCCCCACCUCUUCCUUAUAACACGGACGUUCUUGCUAAGGACAGCGGGGAAUGUUCCAUCUGUCUCGAAGACCUACUGCAAGGAGAGACCAUUGCUCGACUGGCCUGCCUGUGCGUCUACCAUAAGAGCUGCAUUGACACAUGGAGUAAAGUGAAGCCGUGUUGCCCUGAACAUCCCUUUGAUUGAUUCGUAUGUCCACGUGCAAUGACACUUCGACUCAGGACACCGUAUCCCCCCUUGGCAGGAGCAUAUAUUUUCUGAAACGAUUUGCAAGCAUCGACACUCGUUGCCAACUGAACAAGUCUGGCUCUGAUGUGACUCGGCUUUUCUCUGCUCUGCGGCACCUGUCUGAACAGCGGGUUUUCCUUUUCUCUCUUAACUCUUUACUAACUAAGCUCAAAGCGAGACUGUCAACUUGGUCCUUCCAAUAAGGAAAUGUAACCGGAGAGAAAGGUGCACACGGAUCGUCUUCCUGCUGUGGGAUGGCGUUCGGGUCCUCUCGCGUUGGAAACUGUCAUGUAAGCUGGCUUCGUAGGCUUGGGGUUUGGUUUUGCGCGGCAUGCUGGGAAGACUGCAUUGGCACGAAGAACUGAUUCUGUAGAGUUUAAGCAGAUCCUGGACGAAAAGAGUUGUACAUGCGUAAAUAUUGCACACGUAUUACAUACGAGGCAUGGUGUUUUAUGUUUUGGGUGAUGCUUAAGAUGUUUUGGGGGCUUUUUUCCAUUUUCCGUGUUGCUAUUAGGGACAAUUGACAAUACCAGAGAGAGUUCAUUCAACAUUGUCAUGAUUUUGAUUCGCGUCGUUAAAGACUUCCUCAAAGCUUUUUUAGGUUCUCGGUCUGAAUACUUUGGCUCAGUUGAACUGUACAUUAUUUCCAGACCGGACUAGUUAGAAUAAUGGACGUGCCAUCGGUUGAGGUGCAGUGUGUGUGUGUAAGUUCGUGCUAAUGUACAUCAAGAGUCGGUGGACAGGUUUGGCAGAUUCGUGUGCAGGAGAUGAAAUGGUGAACGAACGUACUGAAAUAGAAGUGGGCGAUGUCGUAGACUCAAGAAAUCCAGUCACUCAUUGAGCGCGUGGGAAUCUGGCCAUCUGUGUGUCGCCAUAUGGCUCAUGCCUUGCCAGAGAUGGAGACUGUUGAACAACCGAUGAGAAAUUAUGACUUUAUCAUCAGCCCUACGGAACAAGUACAGUUGAAACGCACUAUUUUUGGGUGGGAUAAAAAGAGAUGUUACAUUUUGAUUCGUGAGCGUUACGUUGAUGAUUCUCUUGUGUCUUGUAGUGUUGAGUUGGUCUGUUACCGGUUUCUUUUUUUCCUUAGCUUAAGGGUUUAUAUUUUGUGGGGUAAUGAUGUCAACUUUCUGGACGUAUGGAGAAAGGCCUUUCCCUACCUUACCAGAUGCGUUUCAUCAUCUCUGAAAAGUACUGCGAUGGGUUUUGUUUAAAGGAGACGGUUCUUUUCUGUUUGAGAAUGCCAAGUGCGUGUGCGAGUCAAGAAUCCUCUUUACGGUUACAUUUGUUUUGUGUUUAUGGUGUUGUGCGUUGUUGAGAGGAGGGAAGUAAUGUCCGAGUAUUUUGACAAUCUUGUACGCUCUGAUCGUUACAGCUUUCGCCCGUUGUUUAACUUAUAUGGUGCCAUACCUCAAUAUCCAUAUUUACUAUACUAUUCUGGGGCUGAGCUAACUCCAAAAGGGGGGUUUCCUUGAAAAAAUAUAAAGCUAUAUAUAUAUAUAUAUAUACACACAAUACAUAUAGUAUAAAAACAAAGUUAUGUCAUGAAUUCAGUGCUAAGGGUUUUCACCCUGUUGAUCCUGUGUGUUUUGACAGUUGUCGGUCAAAUAUGAAUAUGAUUUGGGGAUGUUUUUAGGUCAAUAUGAUUUGCGUAUAUUCACACCCCCAGACAAUCUGCCUUCAUUCUGAUAUAGAACAAUUGAGUAUUUAUUUAUUAAAAAGUGUAAAUAUGUAUUACGUUACAAAAUGGCUUUGUCUAUUGUUUGUCCAUGAUGCGGUUUCUCUGCCUAAAUCUUUUGUAUGUCUGAAAAGUUGUUUUUAUAUGUAUUUUUUACAAUAAAUAUGCUUACGUGUGA